UCAUUCAGAUUUAGCCUCAAACGAUUUGUUUCUGUUUCCAAAACUGAAGAAGUGAUUCGGUUGUAAUCAAUUUGAAUAAAGUAAAGAGGUUAUCAGUGAAAGAAACACCGAUUUUGAGAUGCCGGUAUAUUGUUGAGGGAUACAAAACUUGUAUGAAAACUUUUAUUUAUACUUGGUUUGUUUUAUAUUCGAUGAAAAAGCAUACACGUGGUUCCCAAAGACGAUUUUAAUUAUCUCGGAGAGUUUUUUAACCACGGUCACCAAAUCAUGAAAAGCAUCGGCUGAGGUAAAAUCUGAGAUUAAAGAAAUUUAUUUAUAUGUAUAUCUCAUUAUUGAUAGGAAUAAAAUAAAGUGACAAACCAACAGAUCGAUCAAACAUCUAAAGAGGGUGUUAACGCCAAUUAUAGACAUAUCAAUGACAUAAACCUUAGUUUUAUAUAAGAAUAGUAUUGAGUGUUCAGCCUUAAGCACAUUCCACAAACUACACGUUAAUGCGCAUGCGAAAUACUACAACACACCGGAGGAUUUCAAUUUGCAACGCCGUCGGACAGUAGCCAAUACAUUCACUAAUUGCUGUCAAUAAUAUCGGCAACCAACUAUACUCUAGAUAAUUCAACGCCUGCAUAUUCGUGUUGUUUAUUUUAUUUUUAAUCAAGUAAAAUGUUCGAUACAUCAAUGUGACCGGACACGGGAGAGGUGACAAAACCUAAACGACGUUCGUGCAAUGUGGCAUCACAAACAAAUCGUAAAGUUUUCAGAAUAGACGAAAUGUCGGUUAGCAGCAUAGGAGGAGUGUCAUUGGGGACCAAUUUAAGAGCUGCAUGCCUAUGUGUAUGUAGGUAUAUCGCCACAGGAAAUGAAAUGAAUGAAAUUUUGUAGUUGGUCACCUGUAGGAUCUGUCUAGCCAAACUCAAACAACUGUGACACGUUGGUAUUCCACCUCCUGGGACUGUGGCUGUGAUUUGCUUGCGCAUUUAAUGACUUCGCAAAUACAGACAACUGCAAAUAAAGCUGCAUACAAAGCCACAAACAUAUAAAAAUAUAUAAAAGGUGCAUACAUUUUGGGUUUCGUAAGGCAUUUCUACGGACGCGCCACAAAGGUGUAGAAAUUUGUAGUAUUUGGACAGAUGAAUCGUCUUCUGCUGACCAAAUGCAAAGGCUGUAAAUAAGGAAAUCGCAAGAAAAACAUAAACAAAAUGAUAAUUAGCUGUGCUCUCAAAAGAAGCCAUCACGAAGUAGAUGAAACGCACAUAUCAAAGUUAUAUUUACAAUAUAAUAUAUUUAAGUUACCUACUGGCUUGACGUACAUAUCCGAAACUUUCGAAACUUAAUGGCUUUGACAGUUGGUUAUUUCACAUUUCUGUCGCUUUAAACGACCACCGUUAUAAAACAGCGUGUAGCACAUAAGCAAGAAGCAGAAAAAGACAAAGAAAAAAAAAUAAACUCGAGGAAAAUACCAAUGCAAUUUACAAUCACUACUAUAGUAAUGAAAAAAUGUCAAAUUCAGUUGCAGUUAGCAACAACAAUAAAAACAAGGGAAUUGACAGAACAGCAGUUUAAUUGAAAAUCCACAGAGAAUGUUGCUUAUAAAUACAAUAACAACUAAAUAAGAGAAAAAAUUAAUAUAACAAAAAACUAGGGCAGCAUUGCUCUAGCAUACUUACAUACAUGUUGAGAGGAUAAGUACUAACAGGAAAACUAUUUGGAGGUUAGGUGCCUUCAAACACGUUUCGCUGCACAUAGAAAACUAAAGUACUAAUCGAACCUACGCUCGAUGAUUCAUCAGAGUUCUCGCAAUUUGUUUAAAUCUUGUUGUUGCCUGCGAGCAUUGUAGUGGCUUACAGCAGGAACAACAAAAACGAUUUCUACAAACUCAAUUUAAUAUACUGAGUAAAAACACUGGCGCACACAUACCACAGCAAACAGUUCGAUGGGUAAGACGUGCCCUACGCCCAGCAUUAAUUCGAGCAUCUCGAAUUCCGUUAUAACGAAUGCGAGCAGCAACCACAACCAUCAUCAUCAGCAGCAGCAACACCAACAGCAUUACCAGCACCAGCACCACCAGCAGUCUGUGCCGCUGCCACCACCACCACCGCCGCAACCGAUACCACCGCAACAGCAACAACAACAACGCUUUCCACAAAAAUACAUGAAUUCGAAGCGUAAACAUGCCAACAAUUACCACAACAUGCUGAUGCAUCCGGGCGCACAUCUGGAUCACAACAAUUACUUGCAUUUGAAUUCAUUGUGGUCCAUCUGGUAUGGCGUUUUGCUGACGCUAUUCCAAGGUUAUUUGGCCGUGCAUGGCGCCUAUCGAUUUCUCGGAUGUUCGUUGAUAUCGUGGAAAAUUGAGCCGGUCGCUGAAUUGAAUCUGCAAAUUGUGCUUUCCGGCGUUGUCUUCAUUUUACUACCGUUCUUCUUUGCUUCGGCUGUUUUUAAGGUGGGCAACUUGGCUAACGAUGGCAUCAAAUUGGCGACUGGUUCGAAAGAGCGCCGCUGCUCCAUGUCACCACAUGACGGGCUCGAGGAGGAGGCACGCGGUGGUACCCUACGCGCAUUGUGGACACAUGGCGGCCCAACAUCAGCAUUUGUACACAUCGUCAUCGCUGUAUGUUUGCUGUUGCCGCGCCUACUCUUGGAGGCUAGAAUAAUUGAAAACGGACUGCUGCCAAGAGAGAAUAUUUGGCAAACAGAGCUUGACUUUAUUGCGGUAAAUCGUCGUAAUUUAGUUGUGCUUUCAGUGGUUACAGCACCCUACCAAAAUGGUACAAGCAUUCAUGACGACGUCAGCAACAGUCUGGAGGACGACCAAGACGAUGACUACUACAACGAUACAAUGUUUACCGCUGUCGGUGCGGGCUCUGCAGGAACCGACAUAAACAAUAAUAUGUUCGACGUACUCACGAGUUCGAGGCAAGUCAAAAUAACCAAUCGGAAGACGGAAGCAAAAGCGAAGAGCAGCAACAAUGUUGGAGUGGAUUUCAGUGAUGGCGGGAAGACAAGAUAUUUUGAACUGCCCGAUUUAAUUAAUCAGAACAGCAAGGAAGUGCGGAGAGAUGAAGAUGAAGCAAAUAAUAAUGGUGAUGCUUAUGUUGAUACGAACCGCAAGAACAACAACAAAUUUGACUUGAAUGAAGGAACUGACAUUUAUGAUGGUAGAGGUGCCGAAGGAGGUGGCGUUGGUGCAGAUGGUAGUGAUGGUGAGGCAGAGAGCGAAGGACGCAUCUUUGUUGAACAUUUCGAUACAAAGGAUAUUUGGGGUGGCAAAACUGUUGACAUACCACAAACGACGACCGCAAAAACUAGUACAACAACAACUACAAGCAAUUCGGUAACCUUUAUAGGCGAUAAUAGCCAUGACAAUAACAACAAGAAUUACGAUCAAAUGUGGGACAAGUUGGGCACGCUUGGCAAGUCAAACAGCCUUGACGUUGCGACAUCCGAUAUUGAGACAGUACUGACAACAAUUAAAACCACAACAACUAAAAAGCAAGAGCAAAACUCAUCUGUCAAUAGUACAAGCAGCGUGCGACCUAAAACAGCAACUACAACCACAGUCAAUGCACUGGAAAAGACAACGGGACGCAGCCCGGACGCAGCACUUCCAACCACUGCUGGCGCUACAGCAACUGCGGCACCCACAAUAUACUUAAGCAGUGCGCCGGAGAGGGCAAGUAUCACGAAACUAACAACAACAACAACUCAAACCACAGGCGUGACUAACAAACGCAACAACAACAAUGACAAUGAUAAUGAAGACAUAUUAGUUGCCGUAAGUUCCACCACAACAGCUGUCACGCCAGUAGCACACACCCAACCCACACGCACACACCAUCACCAUCACCAUAAGGAGCAACCACAAACACAAACGCACACACAUGCCACACAUUCGGCAAAAUCAUCGCGUAAACAUCACGGCCACAAUCGACAACAUCAUCGACAACGCGGCGGACAACAACACAAUCGGCGUCAUCACACUAAUACAGCUGGCGGACGUUCCGGUGAGUCGGCCGUAAUGCGCACCUCACGUCUCGACACAGGUCGUGCCGCUGUCGAUUUGCGGCCCUCAAGCGCAUACGGCAACGACAAAGCUGCAGCAACAGCUAUCGAUUUAAAUCGACUCGAUGAGUUGGAUUUGUCUGCUAGUUCCACCUUUGAGCAGUCCAUAAAUUCGCCACGCGGACAAAACCGCGGCGAUUCAGCGGCGUCUUUUGAAACAGAUGUGCUCGAUUACGACGCACGCCGCAACUACGGCAAAUCAACAGCAACCAUUAGCACGACAACACGUGAUAGUAAUAUUCAUAUCGUUAAGCCCGAGAAGUUACCGGAGAUUAUACCCUCCACACCAUUAACAAGCAAUUCGAAAAUUAUCGAAAUCAAAACCAAAAGCAGCAGCAAAAGUGGCAGCAGUGGCAAUGUAAAGCGUAACAAACGCAUGGCCGACGAGGAGAUGCAGGUGGAAAUCGAGCCGGAAUACCUGGUGGGCGAAUUAUCUGGCAAUGAUUCAAGCGAGUAUAUGGCAGCCCCCUCAUCUGUGGGCGGUUUCGCCACAUCCGCAACAUCUUCUAAGUCAUCUUCUAGCAGCAGCAGCGCAACCGCACAGCAGCCACCACAAACGAGCCUGGUACGCCUCGACGGUUUUGCCGGCAUGCUACAAAUCUUCUUCGGCAUUGAGAAGCCUAUCGAUAUGUCGGUGUUCGACCACCCGCCAAGCGCAGAGUUUGUGAAUCUUGUCUUUGCGCUACUUAUCUGGUGUGUACGCUAUCCGGCUGUCUUUUGGACGACAACCAAAUCAUUUGCCACCAUCUUUAGCAUACAAAUGAUUGCUGUCGCUUUAGAUAUCACAUUUAGCUACAUUGGCGCUGCCAACCUAUACAAAUUGCAGGUGUACAGCGAGGCUAUGCCCAUCCAAAACUCCGGUCUCAUUUUGAACGGUGUGGUAACGUUGGCACUGUUUCUACUCUCGUCAGUGCUGAUGAUUGCCUCAUCGAUGAUUAUGUAUUUAUAUGGGCACGGCAGGUUGGCGGCGAAAAUGCGUGAUCGCUCAUUAAUCACAAUGAAAUCGAGUGAAACGUGGAUUUAUUUUGCGCACUGUGCGUCGCUCUGCUACGUAUUGGCACUGGCUGUGGUGAAGGCGCCACUUUUGAAUGACCUCAGUGUCACGUAUAGGAAUAACUUACACUGCCCAACAUUUUUUUCAGCUCUCAUCAGCGUCGUGCACCUCUUACUGUGGAUUGUAAUUUGGCUGGGCUUAACAGCCAAACGUCGUUGGACAUUCAAGUUGCCACCAAUGGAUGCCUAUGGCAUUACGAAAGCUACGACACAACCGUUAUUGAUGGCGAAUCGCAGUAGUUUGCCCAGCGCUGGCAGCGUUACCGGCAGUGGCAGUAAUAUAGGCAGCUCGGAGCAAAAGAGUUCAUCCAUGAUGAGUAGCGGUGGAAUUGGUGGAGGCCGUGGUGGCAAAUUGAGCACUGAAUCUAGCACCGAUGGCGGCGCCGAUGAUGUGUACUGGCCAAAAUUGACACCAAGUUCACCGAAAUUGAAGGUUACCUUCAAUGAAGUACCGAGUACGUGUGAUGAUGUCCUACUAAUUGGUGACCAUGAACAAAACGAUGGCAAGCGCCAUUCGCCCCGUGGAACCUCGAUAUGUUUUGCCAGUGUUGCGGGGGAAAUUGACGACGGAGAAUAUGCGACACUAAGAACUGCCAGCGCUGCCAACAUGGCAGGCAUCACCGUUACCAGUAUGAGCAGCAGCAGCCACAGCAAAACAGCAGGCAAAAGCAACAUUGACCCUGUCAUGACGAUCGGCUGUGGCAAUGAGACACAUGUCGGCGGUCUCCCCAACAAUCACACCACAACUCCCACCAGUGCGCAUGGCAUGAAGCUUUUACAACUAAGCGAAUACGAUGAGCUGCCACCGCCACCACCACAACUAAUUUCAACUGGUGGUGGCAAUCACUCAACAGCCGUUCAUGCAGAUUAUACCAACUACGUUAGUGGUGGUGUUGGCACUGACAGUGGCGGCAGAGGCAUCGGUAACUGCAACAACACUACGGGCAGUGGUAGCUUCGGUGAUGACAGCACCUCGGAGGAGGGUAAACUGUUAGCUUGUGUGCGUGAUGAUAGCGUGACAUAUGCAUCUACGCGCGAUUUAGAGCCGCCAAUGGCAACAACACUGCCACCACCACCCCCACCAACACAUGCCACAGACCAGCAGUCAACCGGCAUCAGCUGUGCUAAUAUCAACACCACUAGCGCUAAUGGUUUAAAAGAGAUGAAUAUGAGUGGUGGCGGUGUUGGUGGUGGUACUGCUGUUACUGGUAUUACUAUAGCAGGCCGAGCUCCCCAAGCAAUACCGGAGAAUAUGCAAUUGUCUUCGUCGCCGGAGCACCUAGUCAGCCCAUUGGCACCGGUGACGGUCACCGUACACACCAACGAGGCACAUAUCGCCUCCAGCUCAACACCACGUUGCUUACGACGUGCCGAUUCAGGUGUACCAAACGAAGCGCUCACACCGCGCAGCGAUACCACCUCCACCACUGAGAGCACCACUUCACCGCCCGAACGCGCACCAUCUGAAUCGUCAAGCGGCGUGCAUUCGGGCGAGGAACGUGACGUCGAAGUGGUCAUACGCCCACGUUCCGCCUGUAAGCCCCCACCAAAGCCGCCACAACCGCCCAUACAGGAAGAACCCUACGGACGUUGCACCAACAUGCGCAUGUCCAGCUUUGGUGGCGAUGCAAUUGGUCUGGCUGGUCGCACACUUAACAGCGCCACCCUGCCACUGACACGUUCGGCGCCCGAACAGAAAUUCGAUUACGCCAAUCAUUGCAGCACAAUGCCAUUACCGGCGGCUUGUCACAAUCAACAGCAAGCGGCGCAGGCUGUACGCGGUAGCGGCAACUAUGGCAUGACCACAUCAGCAUACUCGAUGCAUUCACAACCACCGCUGCCGCUGCCGCCACCUCCGCAGCAUAGCGGCUUAAGCAGUUUUCGUUCGCAAUAUGCCAACUCAGCGGUGGCGAUGGCCGGGGUGAAUGUAGCGCGCAUGCAACAGCAUGAAUCGCAGCAACAGUACUCAGAGCCACAGUCAACAUCACCACCGCCGCCACCACCGCCUGUCGGCAUGCACACCACACUGCCGAACGGUGUGCGUUACUCAAAUCCGCAUUUCUUACGCCGUCUGCCGCAUGUCAGCAAAGCGGCUGAAUCGCCAUAUGGACAUUUGGGAUUGGGCGCUGGCCAUCAUACUUUCUCCAAACUACUGCAAGAUCCACUACAGCAUAGUCUAGUCAAUACAGCCAUACCCGAAGAUCGUGACUCGGCCAACUACUCCAUGUCUUCAGAACAUGACUGCGGUAAUUUGUAUGCCACCGCGGAAUCAUACAACUAAAGCGAUGUUUGUCAAGAGGAAAAUGUCAUUGCAGCUGCAGCUCAACUGGAUAUGUUACAUGCUUACUAUGAAAUUUAGAUUAUUUGACAAAACUAAAAAUUAUUUGGUAUAGACAGCAGGAGAGUAAAGGAAAUGUUAUCAUGAAUUGUGGCUAACUAAAGUUUCGAAAUGGGUAAAAAAUAAAAUAUGUACAUGUGCAAAUUCUUUAGAGAACAGAGAAAUAUAAAAAAUUAUUUUUUAUGAUAUGAUUUUUUCUAGCUUAACGUCCUAACGAUUAACCUUUAGUUCUAAUUUCGGAAUUCUUCGACUGAAGCUAAUACGAACUUCAAAAAUUAAAAUUAAAAGUUGCUCUGAAUGGAGACCAAAAUAUCAAAAGAUGGCAGUUUUUAAACUAAAAAUAGAGAAAAUUAAAAAAUUUUAGGUGACAGCGGAAAUUCCUCGAAUUAAAAUUGAUAAGUUGUUUCAUCUAUUCUCUGUUCAUGUAAGGGAUUCCGGGAGAAUCGCGUAAAAAAAUUCUAAGCUGAAUAAACUGAAAAAAUAAGGUGUAUACCUUUGACAAAUUUAAUAAGCGACUCUAUAAAUCAAAUAGAAUGUUAUAUAGAGAUCUUUUCUGUAACAGCAGAAGAACUUUCGGUAAAAAAUUAAAUAAUAUUUUUGUCAAAAAUUUAAUUUGAUAUAUAGCUUAAGCAUAAGUUUGAAAUCUUGUUUGGAAAUAACGCUUUUUUUUGCACUUGACUCUGAGUGUAAUAUUACAAAAUUCAUCCCAAAUAUGGUUUACAGCCGAGUUUUAUUGUGUUUUGAUAAACACUUAUAAAACCUAUAACUCUGCGAAACAUAUUUUCAAGUUCACAAGCUAGUUUACUUCCUACUAUUAUAGCUGCCAAAAUAUUAAGCAAAGAAAUUGAUUUUAGUUUUAUUUAGAAAACCAGUCAAAAUGAAAAUCAUUGCUGAUUUUUAGAAUCAUACUUUAUUUUUUCCCCAUUUUAGAGAGUCCAAGUCACUGAAAGAGGCCAUAUACUGAUACUUUUGAAAAUUUAAAUCAACCCAAAUUAUUUAAAAGUGAAAUAAUUAAUAAUAAUUCAAUAAUAUAAAACAACUACAUAUAUACAUACAUAUAUAUAAUAUGUAUAUAAAAAUAAUUACGCCAUGGUGUCACUCGCAUCUCUCCCCGCCUAUUGUAUAAACUAUUCAUAAUGAAUAAAAAUAAGAUUAGACUAUUUUUUAGCAAUGCGCACUUUAAGUUUAUAUUAAACUAAAUCCAGAAUAAAAUAAAAUUAUAAAAUAAAUAAAUAAAGUAUUAAGAAAUAUCAAGCUAAAUAAAUUUGAGUUGUGCUAAUUUAAAACGAAAAGUAAGCUAAAACUAUUGUAAAAGCAGCAACAAAGUCUACAAUUUGUAUUUACGAGUAUAAGCAAGAAUAACGUUGUUUGCAAAUGUGUGUGUGGGAAAGAGAAACUGAAAUGAAUUACACACUCUCAAUAACAACAACGUAUUCACCAUUUCGUAACCCAUUUAUUUAGCAUGCUUUUAGGCGUAAUAUACACACACAAGCAGAUGUCGUUGGCUACUUAUUGUAAACUACUUCCAUUAAAAAUAUUAUAUAUUUACAAAAACAUAUACAUAUAAGCAUAUAUAAGUGAUUAAGUGUAUUAUGCAUAUUUAAUACAAAAAAGAAUAGUAAUAACAUUAAUUAAAUAAAUUACUAAAAUAAAACAAUUGACAGCAACAACAAUGCAUAUAUAUUUAUAAGUCCCUAUGUAUGCAUGAAAUAUAAAUAAUUUCAAACAUAUAAACGUAUAUUUAUAAAUGGCUGCUUUUAAAUGUUAAUACACAUAGCAAAUAAUACUAAACUCAUCACUACUAAAUUAAUGCUAUUUAGCAUUAACAGUUCAAUGGCUCGCAUUUCUAAUUUUAUAAUUAAUUAUAUUUUGUGUAAAUGUACUAAAUUUAAGUACAUACAUGUAUACAUAUAAUACAUACAUACAUACAUAGAUGUUAAGCACAAAAAAAAAGUAAACUGCGUAUAUAAAUUAUUUAUACAUAUACACAUACUUACUUAUAAUUUGGUGUGUUGUGUUGAUUAUAGCUUUCGUACAUAUGUAUUUUGUUAAUAUUGCAUACAUACAUAAGUAGUAAGCUUUUUUAGACGUCAUUAGAUUGAUUAAGCUAAUUAUAAUAACAUGCGUACACAAAUCCAUGCAAUCACAAGCAUGAAUGUGUGAGAAUUUGUGUGUAAACGCUAUUACAAUAAAUAUAAAUAUGACAAUUUAAUUAUGUAACAGCAGAAGUGCUAUCAGCAAAAAUAUCAUAUUGUAUAAGUACAUUAAACUACUCACACAAAAUUGGCAUUAAAAACUUUGAUAUACAUACAAUAAAAAAAGUUUUUUUUUUUAUUUUCAAUUUUAAUUAACGAAAAAUAAACUUUUAUUCUCGAAAUUAAAUUGCAACUUUUAUUUAUUAUUAUAAUAAGUGUAACGGAAAUGAACUACAUUUUCACUACAUAUUGCUGAGCUGUUAGUAUUUGGACUAAUGUGAACCUCGUUGAGUUCGAAGCAAAUAGAUUGGCCUAAAAUAAAAAUAUCCAGCUUUUCUGUACUGAAGUCUACAUUAUUAAUGUCUAUCAAAUCGCUUAAAGACUUAUUCGAAUACUGUAAACACGACAUUUUCCAAGAAUUUGUGACAAUUAAUAAACUUACUAUGAAUAUGAAUUCAAAA